UCCACAGAGGACUAAAACAGCGUCGUCAUGUUACAGAUGUUGGAAAGUGACUGACAGCGAUUUGAGCCAAUCGGUGUGACACAUCAUUCUCUUCGACCAAUAGCCGGCGAGAACUUGCUGCGUCCAAGUUAGAUAGAUCCUGGCGGAUCUAUAUAUGCGUAGGGGAGCGCAUAAUCGAAGAAUGUUCCGCAGAAGCCAUUUUGAGAUGAUGAUGUCCCUGUUGCGAAAGACUUAUGAAGAUGCUGAAACCAACGAAAGUGGUUACAUUUCUGUGUGUUUCUGCCUCCGUCUCCUCUGUUUCACCGUGGCAGCUGUCAAGCGACGGGACAUUAGCAAAGCGGGCUAUCACCUCGCAGUUAAAACGCCAUUGAUAUGACAGAGGAGAGUGUCUGUUUACUGUCUCUGUGUCGAGACAUGUAACACCGUGAGUUUUUUUGUUUUUUCCUCCAGUCUGAAAUCUUGCAGCAUCUCUCUCACAGCCCACCGUCUCCUCGUUAGGUGAACUCCGUGUGCUACCGGAGCAGGGAGGCAGAACGGUUUUCCAAUGGCUUCUGUGAGCCUUGUUUCCAGUCCCCCAGCCCCCGUUCUUGACAAAAACAUGACAGACUCUGAGCUUGCAGGCGAUGAAAGAGAGGAUGGGGAAUUAGAAGAUGGCGAAAUAGAUGAUGAAGGCAUUGGAAUCGAAGAAGACAACAAAGAGGCCACAGAGGUGAAUGAGGAGAAAGAGAAGGAAAAGGAGAAAGAAAAAGUUAAAGAAAAAGAAGAAAAGGCUCACAGGCACUCCAGGAAAAGAUACAAGAAGAGCAGAGAGAAGAAAAGAUCCAAAAGGAGGAAACGUGACAGACAGAAACACCAUUCCCCCUCCAGCAGCUCCAGCUCUGAUAGCUAUGACUCAGAUUACGACCGACCGGAAAGGCCCAAAAACUGGAAGAACCAGGGAUCCAGCCGUGAUGAUGGCCCAUCCUCACAGCAUGGGCGGGAUUCAAAGGGAAAUUCUCAGAGGUCACCUCAACACAAGAGUAGCGAUUUUGACAAGUACAGUGACUACAGUGAUGACAAGUAUGAUUACGACGAAGAAGAGGAUGACGACUACACGGAUGAUAUGUCUGAGUACCCUCAGUCAAAAGAUUCAGCCAUGGGCCAAGGAAGAGGACGCUAUAUGAAAGAACAAAUGAAGAGAGAGAGUAUGAGGCCACUGCAGAAACAACAGUUUGGGUUGAGAGGAAGAGGCAGAGGGACUGGCCCAGGCAGAGGACGUGGAAUGCUCAUGAAGAACAAGAAGCUAAAGGGCAAACCAUGGGGAGGACGUGGACGAGGUCGGGGAGACCAGUGCAUGGAGGACAUGCCACUAGAAGGAAAAAAUUCCUCUGGGUUCCAGAAGAAGCGGUUGAUCAUGAGCAAAGAAUUUAUCAAUCAGCACACGGUCGAGCACAAUGGCAGAUACAUCUGCAAGUACUUUCUCGAGGGUCGAUGCAUCAAGGGGGAACAGUGCAAGUUUGAACAUGAACUUGUCACACCAGAUAAGAAGAAAGAACUUUGUAAAUUCUACCUUCAAGGAUACUGUAGUAAAGGAGAUAACUGCAUUUACAUGCACAAUGAAUAUCCGUGCAAAUUCUUUCACACGGGAGCCAAAUGCUAUCAGGGGGAUAACUGCAAAUUCUCUCACGAGGCUUUGACGGAUGUGACCAAGGAGUUGCUUGAUAAAAUAAUUAAUACUGAAGAGGAGAAUGCUCGUGAGGAUGAGCUGGAGCUGGAGGACUUGAGGAAGCAAGGCAUUGCCCCACUUCCAAAGCCUCCCCCUGGUGUGGGUUUGCUGCCCACCCCUGGUCAGAGCAGCCCUUCAGAUGGAGCUUCUGGCCAAGCAAUGAAGAAGAUCCCAUCCCUUUUUGAAAUCAAGGUUCAUCCUACUGUAGACUUGGCACAAAAAAUUGCUCUGAGUGGGUCCAGCUACUCUCAGACUGAAGGUGAAGGUACCAGCCAGUUUGCUGAAGGCUCAGAGGAUGCAGACAGUGGCGGCAUAACGCCUUCAGGCUCCACUGCUCCUACUAUUCCUCCUCCAGGGUCACCUGGUUCCAUGGCUCAACCCACAGGACCAGCUAUGCCACAGAGUCCCCCGGGACAACAUCCACCACAUGGAUUUCCGGUACAACCACCAAUCUCUGGUCAGCCCCCACCCUUCCCUGGAAACCGACCUAAUGCCACCCCUCAGAUGAACAUGCAGACGCCUUCAUUCUCUGCUGCGUCAGAUCUACAGAUGCUGCAGAGUCUCUUCCCUUUUCCUUCAUUGAGUCAAAACCCUGUAGAGGUAUUUAGCAACUUCCUCAGAAACCAGGCCAUGGGUCAACAAGGAAUAGACCCUGCUACGGCCUUCAUACAGAGCCUCCAGCAGCAGAUAGGUAUAGAGUCACAGGUGCAGUCUUUAACACCAGCAGUUCAGAAAGCUCUCUUCUUACACCUGACCCAGCAGCAGCAGCAACAACAGACACAUCCACAGGGAGGUGACCAGGAUGAUAACAGCACAACCAGAGAUGUAACAAUAAACUGGUACUCAAGUGACGAGGAGGAUGGGAGCUGUGUUUCUUCUAUUCUUAAAUCUCUAAAGAAGGACACCGAGAUGCAGCAGUCUCAGACCAAACCCCCCCAGCCAGCGCAUGUGGCUGGAGCUCCAACUGACCCUCGGCUCAUGAAAGAGAGGGCCCCUCUCAGUGACCCACGUAUGAAGACAGAUCCACGUCAGCGACCCCUAGACAUGAAAAAGGAGUCCGAUGUCAGCGCAGAUCCACGACUCUCAAGAGACCCCAGAAAGAUGAGACCAAUGGAUCCAAGCAUUUAUCGCCAGCAGAGUCAACCAGUUCCUCAGAAGCCUGCUACGGGAGAGGAGGACGAUGAAGGAGAGAGGGAGAUCAGAGACAGAGCUGCACUAAUCCCUCUAGAUGCCAGCCCUGGUGUGGUGCUGCGGGACCCUCGUUGCCAGUUAAAGCAGUUUAGCCACAUCCGGGUAGACAUUUUGCUUCAACGACCAGCAUUUGCUCAUACAGUGGUAUGGGCUCCCGAGGACCUCAUCCCUUCCCUGGUUCCCAAACAGGAACACUCCAUCAACUUGCCCCUUCCACCCUUAAUUGCAGAUGCUCAGAUGAACCGUACAAGACUGUCGGAUCAUUUCACAGUUACUAGCCCUCAACCCUCUGACCCGAGACUGGCAGCUGCCCGUUUAAAGGAACGUAUGGGUCGAAUGCCCUCUGGGUCUCCAGAAUCUAGAACCUCCACAGAGCGACCUGUAGAUCCUCGGCAUCAAAAGAAUCUGGACCCCAGACUCAAGCGUACAAUAAGCUUGGACUCCAAGCUGCAAGGUCAGAAAGAGUCUGCUUCUGGGGGAGGAGUUGUUGACCCCCGACUACAGAAGGCCACUACUAGCUCCUCUCUCCAUACUGCUCAAGCCAAGGCUGAUCCUGAGCAGCUUCCUCCAUAUGCCCCACGUCUAGCCUCUUCAGGAGGAGGACUGGAGAGUCCCACAACAAUUCUAGGGGGCAUCAGCCUGUACGAUCCACGAAAUCAAACUGAGCAAGGACAGAAAGACCAGACAGAGCCUCCCAGAAAGAUGGGCAUUCUGAAACACUCUGCUAAGAAGGACAGUAGUCCGCCAUCUUCACUCUCACCAACUCAGCAAAAAGGCUGUCUUGAAGAGUUGAAAAGUACAGACAGUGCUUCAGAUGGCUCUCCCCAGCAGCAGACCUUUCCCAGUUCCCCCCCAGUACCUGCCACCAGUGUAGUCAAACCCCCUGCAGUACAUAAUCUCCCUAUUCAAGCACUAGCCGGGCUGAUCCGGCCCCAGUACACUGACCCCAGGCAGGCUAAACUAGCAGGUCAGAGCCCUGCAGGCCUGCAGGAGGAGGAGGAGGAGGAGCAGCAGCAGCAGCAAGAGCAGGAGGAGGAGGAGGAGGAAAUGAUGGAGGAGGAACAAAAGCAGGAGGAUCUGGUGGAGGAGACAGAUGACAGGACACUUAAGGAUGUGUUCAAGACUUUUGAUCCCACUGCCUCCCCUUUCUGUCAGUAAACUUGUAUAUAUUUAGUGUGCUGAUGAUGCCUUGUUGUUCAUAUUUUUUUUUCUAUUUUUAAUACAUCUAUUUAUUUCUGUAUAUAAAACUGAAGACUCCUGCUACCAUGCAAACCUUAAUAGUGCUUUUCGCUAUUUGUUCAUCCAUAUUGUCAUGAUGCUGGUUUAAUGUGUAUAUAGUUCCCUUAAACACUAUAGUAAAACU